CGGUUUAAAUUAAACCAGAACUUCGAAAUUGGAAAUUGAAAUUUGGGGAAAGAACCUGAGCCAUGGCGAUUGCUUCAACAGCCACCGUUCUCUUCUGCUGUGCGAAACCCAGUUUCCGGCGAAUUCCGAUCAAGACCAGUUCAUCUUCUCCUUUCACAAACUUAAACGAAAGUUGGAUUCGGAGCCGCAGCUUAACCCAUGACCCGAUUGCGUUGUCGGGUCUUAUCAGAACCGGUUUGGUGGCGGCUGCUUUCAUCGCGGCGGGACCAGAGUCUAGUGCUAUGGCGGCGGUGGAUUCACUUCAGCUAAGCGAACCGGCUAAUGCGUUGUCUUUACCCACUUGGGCAGUUCAUGUUUCCAGCGUUGUCGAAUGGUUCACGGCUAUGGCAUUGGUGUGGAAAUAUGGAGAAAGAAAGGGUUAUGAGUCUUGGAAAGGUCUCUCAUGGGGAAUGGUACCUUUGCUUGGUGGAGCUCUCUGCGCAUGCACAUGGCAUUUCUUUUACAAUGAUGAAUCUCUUGAGGUGUUGGUCGCGCUUCAGGCAGCGCUAACUGUGACUGGUAAUAUUCCUUUGUGCAUCGCUGCCUUUCGAAUCAACAAGUUGUCAUCCAAGAUUGAAGUCUCUGAAAAACCGUGAGGGCUAGCUAAAACACAUCUUUGUGUUAGCAAAAACGUUCAAGUGAAAUAUCUAUUGUCCCAUUUUUACAGACGGGUAAAGCUGGUUCACGACAGGUACAACCUCAACUCAAUCAAUCCAAGAAAGAUCGGUUGUUAAAGCGAGGAACUCAAAUUAGGGUUUUAUCCGGUUUCGAGAGAGAUUCAUCAAGGAAGUUUUUAAGACUAAUGGGUAUUGUUUUUUUUUCAAAAAAGAGAUUAAUGGGUAUUUUUGGUUUCAAGGGAGAUAAUAAUACUCCAUUGUUGAAUCUGUGUGAGGAGAGGAAGGAUUUGAUAAGAGCAGCGAGAGAUGCUAGGUCUCACUUAGCGAAAUCUCAUCGUCUUUACUUUGAAUCUCUUGUAGAAUUCACUAGCGGUCUUAACCAGUUUGUUCAUAAGGAA